AUGGCAUCAGCGACGCCGGCGACGACAAGACUACUGCCGACCAGCGAAGGGCCGAGAGUCAUCGUCUACCACCAAACAAUACACCGAGAUGGGAAAUACGUGUCUCUGCUGCCGCUCAUUACCAACCAGACGGGCGUGACGCAUGUAAUAGUGGCGGCUAUCCAUCUGAACGAAGGUCCGGGCAACAUUACCUUGAACGAUGAUCCUCCGCACGCCUCCAAAUAUGAAACGCUAUGGGGAGAGGUGGCAUGGUUGCAAGCAUCCGGCGUCAAGGUGCUGGGGAUGCUGGGUGGUGCUGCAAAGGGCAGUUUCGAGAGACUCGACGGACCCGAUGGUCGCAAGAUGCGCGGCAACCAAAUCGCAUGGUACAAUACACAAUUCUACUGCGGCUGGGGCGAUGCGACAACGACGUUCUGGUACGAUGCCAUCAUGAGUGUAGGAUGGCGCGCAGACAAAGUCGUCGUCGGUCUAGUCACGAGCCCAGGAAACGGAGCGGGCUAUGUGGAGCAAAGCACUUCUCACGAUGUGAUGAGAAUGCUGCGGGCAAAGUACCCGACAUUUGGCGGUGUUAUGGGUUGGGAGUACUUCAACUCAAUGCCCGGCGAGCACGGUGAGCCAUGGCACUGGGCUGCAGGCAUGGCGAGAGCAAUCAGGCAUGCAUUGCCGCCGUCGGGUCAGUUGCAGGGAGGAAGAGGCGUGGAGAGGCCCGGUGCAGGCAACUUGCCGCCGACGAUACCGGUACCAGCGCACUCUUUCCCUGCGCAGGACAUUGAAACAUUGCAGAACUUGGGAUUCUCGAGUCAACAAGCGAUUGCGGCACUCAAUGCAACCAGCGGUAACGUAGAGUAUGCGGCAGGGCUGCUCUUCGAGUACUGA